UGGAAUGGCCAUUAUCCAAUGUGAUUUGGUUGUUUUGUAGGCUGUGAGGCAAGUACUAGUGCUACUCCGGUAGUGAGGUGCAAUGGCUCCAGCAAAGACUGUAUGCGUAAUGGACGCCUCCGGCCACCUCGGCUCUUCUCUUGUCUACCGCCUCCUCCACCGAGGUUACACCGUCCACGCUGCUCUGCAGUCUCAUGGUGAGUGGUUGCAGCCUGUGGAGGAUUUGCCCUUUCCAUGUAAUGCCAAAAGAUUGAAGGUUUUCAAGUCGGACCUGUUGGACUACCACAGCAUAAUGGACGCUUUGAAGGGUUGUUCCGGUUCGUUCUACUGCUUUGAACCUCCUUCUGACCACCCCUUCUAUGAUGAAUUUAUGGCAGAAGUGGAGGUUAGAGCAGCACACAAUGUGCUGGAAGCAUGUGCACAGACAGAGUCAAUACAAAAGGUCGUUUUUACUUCCUCUGUAACUGCUGUUGUUUGGAGGGAUGACCUCACUUCCACCACUUCUUCCUCUUGUGAUUUCGACGAAAGAAAUUGGACUGACAUCAAUUUCUGUAAGAAGUUGAAGCUGUGGCACGGUCUAUCAAAGACCUUGGCGGAGAAGACAGCAUGGGCGCUAGCCAUGGAUCGAGGGUUGAAUAUGGUGUCGAUCAACGGUGGACUCUUGAUGGGCCCACACCUAACCAUCACAAACCCUUACUUGAAAGGAGCGGCUGAGAUGUACGAGAAUGGGGUGCUGGUGACCGUUGACCUCAAGUUCAUAGCGGAUGCGCACAUAUGCGUCUUCGAAGACACAGCCGCCUUCGGACGAUAUUUGUGCUUCGACCGCGUCAUCAACUGCAAUCAAGAUGCUCUUGAGCUCACCCGCAUUCUAUUGCCCCCCUCCCAAUCUCCACCUCCUGUCAGUUCAGAGGAUACACCAACAGUCUACCAGCAGAGGAUAAGCAACAAAAAACUAAACAAAGUGAUGGUUGACUUUGAUGGAAGCCUUCAGCUUCAUUAAUCUUGCAGCCUAACUGAAAGAUGUUUACCAAACAGAUAUAUAUAUACAUAUAUAUAUAUAUAUAUUCUUCUUUUCUAAUUAUUGUUUUUUUAUAUGUUUAGAACCGAUGUAUUUUUCACCCUUAAAUGCCAUAACAAGAGGUGGUUAGAAGGGAAUUGUACAUGAGUUAUCGAUAAAAGUCUCAUGGGCUUUCCAUCCACACAUUGUGGGGACUGGGAACUCCUUAUUCAUGUAUUCAUCAAUUAUUUUCAAUAAUGUUG